AAGCAUGAAAUUCUCUCGAGGAUGAAUCAAGCUGCGGAGAGCGCGGUUUUGUUCUUGGCUCGCAUAUACGCUCCGCGACGUUCCUCGACGAAGUCUCAGGGUGGGGGGUAUUUAGAAGCAGGUGUGGCUGAGUCAGCAUCCCCAAUAUAGACGUACGUUUGUUUAGUAGAGAGCCGACUCCCUACGGAGGAGCACCUCCCGCCGAUCGCAGGUCGCCAAGCGCGCAAUACGAGCUCGAUUUUAUCGAGGGCACAUCGACCGAUCCGACCGGGAAUUGAUUGAUAUAUAUCUUUUUAACACGGCCGCACAUUCCCGGAUCAUUCCACUGACCAAUCGAGUUAGCGAUACCGUCGUGAGAUUACCGAGGGUCCAGCCGUCCCAGUGAGAUUCCUGAAUAUAUCGCUAUCGCCGCGCUGCAAUUCUCUAUCACGCUGUCUGCGUGGCUGCCACUUUACUCCCUAGGACGGGGACCCGAAUCUGAUAGCGAAGAACCGAACAAAGGAAUUAUGCCGACGGGAUCAGCCACGUUGUCGGAGGAUAAUCGUGGACGUUAAUCGUCAUCGUCGAAGUAACUGCGGCUCGCGCGAGAGCGGCGGCUACUAGAUGAUCGACAUGUGCGACGACUACCCGGAGAUCGUCGGCACCGACACUCUCAAGCGCUGCUGGGUCCUACUGCGUAGCAGCACCACGAGCGAAGACUUGGGCAACGUUUGCCGCCUACUGGAUGCCGACCUGAGGCCUCUCACGCCCGACGACACGUGCAAACUCUCGCGAGAGAUCUUCGAGGAGCACAAGCAGAUAGCUGAGGAAUACCUUAAGGUCCAAACGGAGAUAGCGUUGUUAAGCCAGCACAAGAACGAGAUGCUGAAGAAUCUGAGCGUCGACAGUCUCCGGCAGCAGCAGGAGCUACGGAAGCUGGAAGACGAAAAGGAGUCCCUGCUGAAACUGUGUCGCAAUCUGACGCGGCAAUUGCAGAUCAUGAAGGAUCAGAGGGGGGCGUUGACGAGUGCCGCUGCCGCGUCGACGAUAGGGCCCGCCGUUUCGGGAAACAACGGCUGGGUGGUGGUACCUCACCGUCAAGACCCAUCGAGGCUCUCUUGAGAUGCUGCGACUUGACGUGUUUCAAAGGUCUCGACGAUAAGUGUACUUACGCUACGUUGCACGGUCCCGACGACUAGUCGGUGAUGCGCAACGCGGAUGGAAUUACCUUGAGAUUCCAAUCCAAUUUCGUACGAAUGUAAAUCAACACCGCGUCGCUUACUAGAGUAAGUGAAUCAGAGUGGUCGCCCAUAGCGGAAGAUCAUUUCCGAUCUUAUCAAAACUCGCUAUCUAUCCACGCGCGGUAACCGUACAAUUGACUUUCGAUUUUUCGACAUGAAAAGCGCAAUUUCAAGUACGCGCUUGCAGAUACGCCUUCCGUUAGUUUUUUUUUUCCCCACAGUCACAUCUUUUGUCUUCUACGCAUUCUCGUUUGCGGCACGAGUUCAAUUAAUACAAGAUAUACAAUCAAUACAAGAGAGUAAAACAAACACACACACUCACACUUUCAAACGCAAGUGCGACAAUAUCAUUAAAAAUGUUAGAGAAUAUAGAAUAUGGAAGAUUUUUUUGAUUGCAAAGCCUCGAAGGCAUUGUUAAUAAUGAAUUGCAAUCUAGUCCUAUCGAUUCAUCGAGUCAUUUGUUUACAUUUUGACAUAUAAUAUGUAUGUAUAUUGUGUGAUGUAAUAUGCAGCUUUUAGUAUUUAAACUAUUGUCUAUCAAUGGAAAGUAUUUUAUGCGCUUAUUUCUAUGUGAUAUUCGCAGUAUACAGUAUACAUACAGUAUUUGCAGUAUAGGAAUGUCUCAGACUUAUCAUGAUGUCCAUUAAUAGCAGAUUCCUGAGAUCAUUUUGAAAUAAAAAUCCGAAGUUGUCUGAAAUUUGCGUGCUCAUGCAUGGCAUAUCGCACAGUAGUGAAGAUAUUUUCAAGUAUCAAUCUCGAAAUGGAUAUAGGUCUGCAUCCUUUCAUUACUGUAUGAUAUACUGUACAUUCGACCGUGUCUGAUUGAAUUAAUCAUGUGUCAAAAACACAAUCCACAUCCUGUUGCUACUUUUAGUUAAUUAUGCAAGAGAUUAAAAAUUUUUUUUUAAUUUCUCGCUUUGCUAAUAUGUGGUUGUCUAUGUAAAUAACUAUUUUACGUCUUGCUUGCGAGCCUGACUUCUCUGCAAUGACAGAUCUAACGAAGUAACAUUACUCAAGUCAGUGCACUAAUCAUGAUAUAUACAGGAGCGUACUAGUGUUUCCAUUUGAAUUUGACGAAUUAAAUGCAAGGCAAAUAUAAUAUUUGGAAUAAAUACGCGUGAGGCGUGUAUUAAAAAGAUUUUAAACGAUGUUAAGCGCAUGAAGCGCUUGUUAGAAUUAAAAUAAGUACGGGAAAAUGCGCAUAUGUCGAUAGCGGUUACAACGGAUUGUCUUUUCGUAGAAAAUGAUAUUGGAAAUGAUAAAGUUUCGCGCGUGUUAACGAUUGGCGGCGACUGCAGCUCGCAGCUAACGUUCUCAUUUCUGUUCCUAUGUUAAGUAUAAUGUAACGAGAGCCUGAAAUUAUCCUCGUGAAUUACCUUGACAGCGAUAACAAACAAUCAAACAAUUAUACGCUCUGCGAAAAUUCUCGAUAGGUUCUCUCUUGAGAAUCGCUAAUGAAAUCGUUGUUUAAAUAUGUGAAAAUGUAAUAUAUAAUUGUAAAUAUAUCUCUGAAAGCUGCCGUGAGAUUUA